UUUUGCGUUUGCAGGGCGUAUUCUCAGUUCUGAGUUCUUUUCUGGCUUAUCCCGGGACACCUAUGAGUCCUGGGGCUUCGCGCGGCGUCUUUAAGUGAACAGUGCGCAUGCGCCCCCUUUCUCUUUUCCGGCUGGAACCAUGGAGGGUGCAGAAGAGAAGAAGAAGAAGAAGGUUCCCGCGGUGCCAGAAACCCUCAAGAAGAAGCGAAGGAACUUCGCGGAGCUGAAGAUCAAGCGCCUGAGGAAGAAGUUUGCCCAAAAGAUGCUUCGAAAGGCGAGAAGGAAGCUCAUCUACGAGAAGGCCAAGCACUACCACAAGGAGUACCGGCAGAUGUACCGAACGGAGAUCCGAAUGGCCAGGAUGGCGAGAAAAGCGGGCAACUUCUACGUCCCCGCCGAACCCAAGUUGGCCUUUGUCAUCAGGAUCAGAGGUAUCAAUGGUGUGAGCCCAAAGGUCCGGAAGGUGCUGCAGCUUCUGCGCCUUCGCCAGAUCUUCAACGGCACCUUCGUUAAGCUCAACAAGGCUUCCAUUAACAUGCUGAGGAUUGUGGAGCCAUACAUUGCUUGGGGGUACCCAAACCUGAAGUCAGUGAAUGAAUUGAUCUACAAGCGUGGUUAUGGCAAAAUCAACAAAAAACGAAUUGCCCUGACAGAUAACUCACUGAUUGCUCGAUCUCUUGGUAAAUAUGGCAUCAUCUGCAUGGAAGAUCUGAUUCAUGAGAUCUACACUGUUGGAAAGCGCUUCAAAGAAGCGAACAACUUCCUGUGGCCCUUUAAGCUAUCUUCUCCACGUGGUGGGAUGAAGAAGAAGACCACCCAUUUUGUAGAAGGUGGAGACGCUGGGAACAGGGAAGACCAGAUCAAUAGGCUUAUUAGAAGGAUGAACUAAGGUAUCUACCAUGCUUAUUUUUGUAAAUCUGGUCAGUUAAUAAACUGAGUCUUCAAAAUUGAA